AUGACAUAUCAGAAAACCAACCUCUCUGCAAGAUAUAAAUCGCAAAGCGGACAUUUGCAUACGAGAUAUACCUUCUCGAUAAAAUCUCCGGUGGUAUACAGUAUAGAUACGAACCGGAAAGAAGUAUACCUCCAGACUGGAUCAAUGUAUCGACUCAAAAUAUCGCAAAUAUAAAGGGUGUCUCAACAAGAGCGCUGUAUUUGAGUUUGUCGCCAUUUUUUGUACAAAUGGUGUAAUGUUUACCUACACUGUUCGACGCGGUCCUGGUCGGUCCCUCGAAAAUAUAGUCGCAGUGCGGGAAAGUGUGGCCGAGAUUCCAGGCAAGAAUUGAACCUUACCAGACCCAGCAGGCAGCAGCGGUGGCCGCAGUAGUAGACUCUUCGGUCUCCUGAUCAGUCGCCGUGCGCUGUGCGGGUUCGAAUCCCGUUCCAAGAGAAAUUUUUCUCUUGGCUAUGGAUGUUGUGGUUGUCCGUAGGUGGUAGACGGUCUCUGACUGUCGAACGCGGAGGUACCACCCGGCGGAUCUCGUAGGCGGAGCCAGAAUGUGUGCAUGUUGCAUGCACACGUGUUCCCUCGCCAGAGUCCGUGUGGCGUUCCCCCUUUCCCAUGUAUCCCCCUAUAGCCC